AUGGCAGACCCAUCCAUAAUUAAUGACCUUGUAUCCCAAACAAGUCUCCUCCAAUGCAACUCGGAACCCAAUGAGUUACCCGACUCAAACCCCAACGAAUUCACAAUCCUAGCCAAAAUCCUCUCUGACAAACCUUCCAAUAUGGUAGCUUUCAAAACCACCAUGCUCAAGGUCUGGAACUCCAAAAAUCGUAUCCAAGCCAAUACUAUACAACAGAACCUCAUGUCCUUCAUCUUUGAAGACCAAUCAGAAGCUCAGAAAAUCCUCAAUCUUUCAUGGUCCUUUAGAGAGUCACAAAUAAUCCUCCAACACUGGCCCCCUGAUAAGGCUCUAAUGGAGGUUGACAUGGACCUGGCCACAUUUUGGAUCCACGUGUCAAACCUACCAGUCUACUUUAUUAACAUGUCAAAUGCCUUGCUCAUUGGGAACAAAAUAGGAACUUUCAUCAAAGCAGAUCUCCACUCAACCGCCCAAAAAUGGAAGAAGGCAUUUCGCAUUCAAGUCCAAAUUGAUACCACCCAACCCCUCAUAGACCAUAUUCUCCUUCCCUGCCAAGGGAGAAACGAUCUUCAUGUGGAGAUAAGGUAUGAACGAUUAGCUGAUUUUUGUUUUUCUUGUGGUUUGUUAGGUCAUAAAAUCCAAGUCUGUAAGGUGAUGAAAGUCUCUACUGAUAUGGUGAAUCCUCUGCUGAGAUUUGGUCCCUGGCUUAAGUCAGAAAACACUCUUGUUCCAAAUCCCCGCAUGACCAAAAACCCCAAAAAUCCACGCCCAACUCAAGAGAGUAUUCAGUUAAUCCCCUCCCCUUCGACUCAAAUCGAAAUUGAAAAAACCAAAAAUCAGAGAACCACAAUGGCAAAAAACUCCAUGUUACAAGCCCUAGAAUGA